AUGAUGAUGCUCAGAGGUGGAACACUCUUCAUCAACCAAAAGACUGAGUUUGAUUUGGAGAACCCGUCCAUCCUGGUGUUAAUCGAGGCGCGAGACCACGGCAAGCCAUCACUCUCCUCCGUCACUACCGUCCACGUCCAGGUUUCUGACGUCAACGACAACGCCCCCAUCUUCCACCAGUCGGAGUACAGAGCCUCCAUGUCCGAAGACAACCUCCCGGGCUCCACUGUCCUCACCCUGGAAGCCACGGACGGAGACCUGUCCCGGGACAACUGCGGCUUCGAUUUCACCAUUGCGAGCGGAAACUCAGGGAAUGUGUUCCAGAUCGAAAGCAGUGUGCGGUUUCUAGAAGGCAAAGGUUUCCAGACGGUUGGCAGCAUCAUUCUGGUUGAAGAACUGGACUUUGAAGCCGUGCCUAAGUAUAACCUGACUGUCGUGGUGUCCGAUCGCGGGGUACCGCAACGCAGCUCCAGCGUGCCUGUCCUUAUUAGCAUUAGCGACGCCAAUGACAACCCACCAGCCUUCAGCCGGGCAGAGUACAGAGUCGUCCUCAGCGAAGGUGCAGCUACCGGGACCGAGAUCCUGCAUCUGUCGGCCCAUGAUCCGGACUCAGCGCCCAACGCAGAGAUGCAAUACUCCAUCAGCUCCGGCGACGAGAACAACCUUUUCCAGGUGGACGCCUGGACGGGAACGCUGAGACUCCGGAAAGCCUUGGACAGCGAGAGUCUGACUUUGCACGUCGUUGUAGUUCAAGCCACGGACGGUCAGGGUCACUACACCUUUGCCCCGGUGACAAUCGAGGUGAAGGACAUCAACAAUAACCGCCCGUUUUUCCCACUCAAACAUGUAACCACCAGCAUCAGGGAGAACCAGCCCAAGAAUGCCUUAGUUACCAUUUUGCACGCCAUCGACCAUGACCGAGGAGCGUUUGCACAAUUGAAAUAUUUUAUGCUUGAUGAUUCUAAAGGAGAGAGCACUUUUCUUGUCAACCAAACUACGGGUGAAAUACGAACUCGCUCCACUUUUGAUUUUGAAAAAAUAAACUCUUUUGAUUUUGUUGUUGGUGCCAUGGACACUGGGAACUUUUCAGCUACUGUGACAGUUCAGGUUUACGUCAACGGAAUGGACGAGUAUAAUCCAGUUUUUACAUUUCCUGAGUUCCUGUUCGAAGUGCCUGAUGGGGCGAGAAAAGGCCAAGUGAUCGGCAGAGUCCAAGCCAGAGAUGAAGACGGGGGUAUUGACGGCGUGGUGCUCUACUCCAUGCUGGACACCUCUGCAUAUUUUGAGGUGAACAAAUCUAACGGCGAGAUUUCCCUGAAGAUGGACAGCUAUAGCAGACACGUUAGCCGUUCUAAAAGAGAGGUGCGGCAAAUGUCUUUAGAGGUAACGGCCCAUAGCCCUUUGCAGACGUCGCGAGUAUCAGUAGCCAAAGUGACCGUGGACGUGACCCAUACUGUGUUUGGCAUUCCCACUGACAUGAAUACAGCGCUUGUUAGUGUCAUCGCUGUAUCGCUUGGCACUAUUAUCAUUCUUAUCCUAAUUGCCAUAGCUCUGUUUUUUGUUAAACUGAGACGUGAAAGAAAAUACCAUAAGAACCACGGGCACAAGUCGGGAUCCAGCAAAAUGAUGCAUCGCUUUGAGGAGACUAAGAUAAUUGCUGCAAAUGAGAUGAUCUAUCACCAAGCCCUACCAGGAUUUAUCACUGAAAGAAGCAAUAACGCUGGUCCAUUUAUCCGCGGAGGAUCCUUAGACCCGUCCCACUCCAGCGGCCGGGGAUCGGCUGAGGCGGAAGCAGCAGAAGACAAUGAAAUACGAAUGAUCAAUGAGUACCCUCGAGUUUCUAGCAUAUCCUCAUCUAUGCAAGAGCGCUUAUCGGCCAGAGGUCCUGAUUCCGGGAUCCAGCAGGAUGCGGACCAGUUGUCAGACGUGUCCAUCGAUGGUUCUGGCUGGUUCAAAAAGAAAAAAGGCAGCCUAAAUGGAUCGAUAGUGUCUGGUUCACUAUACCGGGAAGACACUGGAAGCUACGUUAGCGUCGGGAGAGGGCUUAGCAUCUCCCACCCAAAGGACUACACAUUCCCAGCGGAUGGAAAGCCAGCGGUUGAUGGAUCUCUCACAGCUAUCGUUGCCACCGACGAAGAGCUCAGGGGAAGCUACAACUGGGACUACCUCCUGAACUGGUGUCCGCAGUUUCAGCCCCUAGCCAGCGUCUUUACGGAAAUUGCACGGUUGAAGGACGAGACCACCCCACAUCAUUCCCGAAGGCACUUCCUCCACAAGGCCAAGCUAACAGAAUCAAGAAUCGACCCGCCACCUCUCAUAACGUCUGUGGCUCAUCCCGGGGCCAAGACGGUACCUCCCAAACCCGCCAUCGGAAGGACUUACCCACACCUGGGGUCUUUCCGGAGGUCGCCCCUGAGUGACCAGGGAUCUAUGUCGUCCGUUGCUAUGUCCCCAAGCUUCUCGCCGUCCCUGUCUCCUCUGGCGGCACGUUCUCCGGCCGUCCCCCCCUUCAGCGUCACACAAGGACCAUCAGCGUCGGUCAUCAGUGCGACGGACCAUCACCUGGAACACAGCGAGGAGCUGAGGUUCUGA